GCCAUGUUGGUGAUCAUGUCGGCGUUGAUCGUGGUGUUUGGCAUUGUGCAACCACUGUGCACGGAACUAUGGCAGUUUUACCUGUGCGCCACCUUGGUCAACGCGGGUGUGUCCAGCUUUGAUAUGGGCACCACUGUAUGGGUGAUCGAGAUGUGGCAGAAAAACAGCGCCCCUGUACUGCAGUUGGCCAAAGCGGUGGGCGGCGCCGGUAUGGUUGUGGCCCCGUUAUUGGCCGGACCCUUCAUUCAGGGCCGCGUUGUGCCCAGUAAUGCAACUUUGGAUGAGUUUUUGAAUAGGACCCAUAGCAAGGCUACCGGUGAUGACCGGAUCGAUGAAUAUAACUACUCGCUGGACAGGAGGUCUGACCUACUUAUACCGUUCAUAGCUGGAGGAGCUGUUAAUUUAAUAAUCCCGGUAUCGAUGCUCGCUAUGUUUAUAUUCAAACGCUAUCAUUACGACGAGUCGGAGGCUGAGCUGAACAGUCAGGUCGGGGGCGGCAAAGGGACAGAGAGUAGACGGGCCACAGUGAUCAGUGUCAAAGAGUUUACCAUAAGAAAGCCUACGGUAGAGCAAACGCCCGCGAUGAAAUGGCUAUUUGUGGCCCUAAUCGGGAUCAGUUUGAGCACUUACGGUGCCAUGGAAAACACGCACCUAGUCUACAGUUCUACGUAUUAUCAGCUUGGUCCUAUCAAGAUGUCAGCGUCCAAGGCGGCCGAUGUAAACGCGGUGUUGAAUGCGAGUUUGACUGUUGGUAAAUUGAUAUCGACUUUUAUCGCGCUCAAAGUUAAGGCCAAUAUUAUGCUCAUUUAUCACAUGGUGCUGUUGGCCAUAUCGCAGGCGGUGCUGUAUUUUGGCCGCAACUCCGAGGUUAUCGUGUGGGUCGGGAAUGUGCUAAUCGGUCUUGGCUACUCGGCAAUCUGGCCAUCAUACUUUCAAUUUGGUGAAGACUUUGUUGGCCUGACCGAUAACAUAGCGGCCGUAUUUGUGGGCGUGUCGUCCAUCUGCCCAAUGAUAGUGCCCUUUGUGUUCGGCCCUCUCGUCGAGUCUAAUCCCGAAAUAUUUAUUAUAUUA